GUCAGUCGUAAAUUCUCCGUUCUCUUCGAACUUCAAUCACAUAAUUAGAAAAAGUCUAUAGUCAUUGACCCGAGGGCCAAGAGCAAAGUGAAGAACGAAAAGACUAAAAAACCACCGGAGACAUCUAAUUAUGCAAAUGCCGGUGGCUGUUGGUGUUUUGUGGCUACUUCAGCUGUUUCUGCUGAUGGGCUCGUUGGAUGGAGCUAGUUUCGCCAGGGGAGAGGAGCAACUGGAGGCUCUUCUGGACACCGAAACACAGCUCAUCGAUCAGUUGCGUGACUAUAUCGAUCGCUUGGAGCUUCAACUGGAGGAGAUCCAGAGGGAGACCUCUGCCAUCGAGGAGAUACACAGUCAGGUGGAUAAUGUGGAGGACUACAUGGGUAAUCCCCUUAAUGUGCUAACUAUCCUAAAGCGAUUCGAUAGUGUGUGGCCAACUUUGGAACAGCAUGCUAAUGCUACUCAUCAGUUGAAUUCGGGAGAGGGUUUCUUAGAUAGUGACUUAAUCUUGCCCACCGAAGAGGACUACGAGGAAUCCCUCAGCCACCUGCUACAUCUCCAGUCGGUCUACGACCUGGAACCCGCCAGCCUUUCGUUGGGCGUCGUCAAUGGAUGGAAGUUGGGCUCUGCCAUGUCCUGGGGCGACUGCCUGGAAGUGGCUCGCAAGUCGGACUUUUCCGUGGCUAGAUUUUGGUUAGAAACAGCUUUGGAAAAGCUGCCCUCUGCCUCCGAAAACUCCACAGAAUCACACAGGGAACGUGAAAGUGGUCGAGUGCAAAUCCUAGAGGCAACACUCAACAUUGAAUACCGCGCUGGGGAACUUUCACGAGCCUUGGCAACUGUCGACGAGCUUCUGUUGUUGCUGCCAAUGAACCAGAACCUUCAAAAGGCCAAGAAAAAGAUUGAAAAAGCCUUGGCCAAAAAGGAAUUGCCCAAGGCCAAGGGCCAAAAGUCGAAGACAAAGACACAAAAAUCCAAAUCCACGGAGGAGCGGCUCAUAGAGGAGCUCUGCCGCGAUGCGACCCAUGAAACUACUACAGGAAGUCGUUUCGACCAGUGUCAAUUAGACGGCAGUGCCCCCUGGUUCAUCCUUCAACCUGCUAGAUUGGAGUUACUAAGCGCAGACCCAUAUUUAGAACUGCAUCACGAUGUUCUGACUCCAAAGCAAACCGAUGAGUUGCUGGAACUUAUAGAUGAGGAGGAGGGUUCGAAAGGAGUUACCUAUCAACCAAUGAAGUUAUCCAAAAUGGCGCAAAAGAAGUUGAGGAGGAUUCACCAUCUCCUGGGUUACGAGGCUGGGGACCAGGAUCCAUGGAUGGCACGUCGUCAUGGCCACGAGCACACCACCAAAUUGGAGGAUAAUUCGGAACUUAAACAUGUGGCACGUGCCAUGCUCAGUUUGCAGUCACCCGGAAUCGGUGGGGCCGUGGUUUUUCCGCAGCUUGAGCUCGCCGUGAAUGUCCCCCGAGGUUCGCUGCUCCACUGGCACACGCGCUCCGCCGGAGGCUCUUCGUCCGAGUGGGACUACCGCAGUGGCCAGGCCGUUUGUCCCGUGCUCCUGGGCGUCCAAUUGUCUGCGUGGACAGGACUCAAUUGACAUGAACGGUGAAACUGAUGAGUUUCCAUGGUUUUCC